GCAGCCAGAGGGAUCACAUCAUUUAAAGUUCAGGGGACUAAGCGACGUUGAAUCAACUUACAAAAUGAGAUUGACCAUUGUGCUGAUUGUGUCGCUGUUUAGUGGCUUAAUUUUGGCCCAGGACGAUGAUAAUGCCAGUGGUACACAGUCAUGCAAUGCUUGUGAAGUAAUUGAGAAACUAAAGGCUAUGGAAACCAGACUGAAGGAGAGUGAAAACCAGAUUCUUGAACUGAAGAGCAAAGAAAAGAAAACAGUGAUAUUCAGUGCAGCAACAGGAGGAGGAAAAUGUGGACCCUUCAAUACAAACACAACUUUUAUCUACAGAACUGCGAUUACAAACAUUGGUGAUGCCUACAGUCCAUCCACAGGUGUCUUCGUUGCCCCGGUUGCAGGUGUUUAUUACUUUACCAUCUUCUUUCAUGCUGGAGGGAAAUAUGCAACUCUAUUAUGGCUCUACAAGAACAAUGAGUUAGUGGUCAUGACCCAGGAACACCCUUCAACCUUUGACACAGCUGAUAAUGGAGGAAACGCAGUGUUCCUGCAGCUUGUUCAAGGAGACCAGGUGUAUGUGCAGCUGGGUGCAAACACGCAUGUUUGGGGAGGCGACUAUCAUACAACCUUCAGUGGUUUUUUGGUCACUGAAAUGUGAGAAUCUGAUCUCUGUAGUCAUUCCUGCUUGAGGGUGGCUGACAAAGUCUGAGCUCUCCAAACAUCUAACAUGACAUGUUAAAAUGUAAUGACAGAAAGUUGUUGCUCAUACAAUAAAAAGUCUAAAGAAA